CUGUUGUCAAAAAGCUUAACCAGAAUUAUGACUUCUUUAGUUUCAACAACAGAUUCAGAGAAAAGACACGUGUAUGGUUGAUCUUGGGUUUCUUUUUAUUUUUUGGUUUGUUUUACCCCUUUUAACUUCAAAAUUUCUUUGAUCCGAAUGAUAGAUCAGCGUAAUAUUUCGGUUUAAUCAAAAUUAUGGCCGAGUUACUGCAGCCAAAGAUCUGGGCCCUCCUCUCUGUGACCCGAGUUCGGCAAGGUCUGACCUGCGCACUGCUGAAACCAUUGCGCAGUCAGAUGCACCACAGGGACCCCGAGACCUACCCCCAUUUUCCGGAGCGCACAGACAUCCAGCCGUUGAAGGCGCCAGACAACACAAAGGUGUUUGACGCCUGCUGGCAGACGAUGCGUCGCACGGAGUACAAGUGCCGCUCGGACCCAGAGUUUAACAUCCCCUCGUUCAUUAGUGAGCGCAAGGCGUGCCUGAGUGAUCCGUGCGCCAACGAUGUGCAGGCCUGGGACCUUACCCACUACCAGCCCCAGGACAUGCUGAAACGGAAGUAUCCGCGAACUUGGCAAGAGUGCGUGGUAAAGUGUCGCAAGCGCAAGAUGCAGUGCGUCCCCUUGCCGCUAAGCCCUAAGCGGCGCGCGCGCAUUGUCAAAAAGAGUCCUUGUCCGGUGAACAUGUGUGUGCUCGGAAAGCUGGAUCUCGAGCUCACCGAGCCUUGCAAGCUGAUGAAUCCCAGCAAUUGUCCGCGAUUCAAGAUGCCCAACUGCUGUGUAGAGCCCCGAGACCCGCCCAAAUGCAAGCGUCCCUUCAGGGCCGGUCUCUGCCAAAGGCGGAGGACAAAGUACCCGAGCUUCUCCGAGUGUCGCCACGAUCCCAUUCCGGACGCCGCGCCCGUUGAGUGCAACUGCCUCAUGAAGCCGUCCAUGUGCGAAGUGUGGAGGCACUACCGCAAGAAGCACUAAGAACCUAAGCUGAGCGGCCACCUGGGAAAUAUUUCAAGAGCCUUGAGCAGCUUUUAUUAAAUAAUGACCCACUAAAUUUUAAAUUGAGAUCAAGUUUGUAUGUUAAUUAAAUAUGUUAUAACUGCGAGGGUAUAUAAACUUCGACUUGGAGAAGUCGGCUUCCUGUUUUA